AUGAAGUCCUCCUUAAAGACCAGUGAGGUGGCAGUCGGCCAGCUGGACAAACAGAAAAAUGAGCUGAAACGUGAAGUCUCGUCUUUGAAACAGGCUUUGGACACUGAGAAGAAUAAGGUGGAAGCACUGGAGAGAGAGAGACAGGAGCUGACAACAGAGGUGUCAGGCCUGAAGAAAGCUCUGAGUGAUUAUCAAACUCUGCAGCAGGAGAAGGUCGGCCUACAGUCUACUGUGAAAGACCUGAGGUUAAACCUGAGCCAAGAGAAGAGAGUCACUGAGACCCUCCGCUCAAAAUUGAAUGAGCUGAGCCACAAAAUACAGGAGGAGGUGGAGACAAGACAGGCUUUGAACCAGAAACUUGAAACAGUGUCAAGUGUUUUCAGGACUGCGAUCCAGAGAAGCCAAACUGUCAUGAAUUCUGCUGUGGCUCAGAAAGACCAUCUUGCAACAACAGUGGACCAAACAAACAAGGAAAUGGAGGCACUGAAACUCAAGCACUCAGAGAAGAUGAGUUCAGAGCAGCAGCAGAGGAGCCUCCUGCCAAAGAAGAUCCUGGAACUGCAGGAGGCUCUCAGAGAAAAGGAGGAGGAGCAGCAGCAGGAGGCUCUCAAAGCAAAGGAGAAGGAGCAGCAGGAGGCUCUCAAAGCAAAGAAGGAAGAGCUACAGGAGGCUCUCAAAAAAAGGGAGGAGGAGCUCCAGGAGUCUCUCAGAGAGGAGGAGGAACUGCUGGAUGUUCUAAGAGAAAAGAAGCGGGAGCAGCAGAAAAGGAGGAAGAGGAGGAGGUGGUUCUGCUGUGGCUUUUAA